AUGCAUCGGGGGGGUUCGCUGUACGGAAUGGCCUCUUCCUCCAGCCUGUCCUCAUCCUCGUAUCGCUCAGCCCGCUACAGCAGCAGCUCCUUCAGAGCAGAGAGCAGUGACGGGCAGGACUCACUGUUCCAGCCCUAUCUGGACGGCAGCCCCCACUGCCUUUUCGGAGAGGAGAGGACAGGAACACCCCUGCUGCCCUUCAGCAGAUGCCACAGAGAAUCAUUUGGGUACCCAGGGGCUACAGGGACCUCUGAAUUAGGACGCCCGGCCAGUAUGGGUGUGGUGCAGGCAGUGGCCGAUUCCUACCUAAUGUCAGCAGAUGUCAGUCAGUUUGAACCUCAUGAUGUGGUGGUGAUGGCCUACAGCCACUGGGUGGUCAUCCAUGCAGAAAAGGUGGCUGAAGACGGCAGUGUCAGCGACACCUUCACCCAUAAGAGCCAGCUCCCAGACGACAUGGACCCUCUGUCGCUCAGCAGCUCCCUGACGCCUGAGGGCACGCUCCUGGUCAGUGUGAGGAAGAUAUGCGGCCUGGAGACUCCUGAGCCCCCUCGACCUGCCUACUGCCCUGUGGGUCCACUGUAGAGAGGCCACCCCAACCCUCACCCUCACUGCACACUGUGCCCACCCCAACCCUCACCACACACUGUGUUCAGUACUUAUACCCAACACCUACAUGUUCUGAAAUGGUUCAUUUUAAAUUAAUACUGAG